UUCCGAACCCGAUGGACGAUCGUCAAUAUAAUUUUUUCCCGAAUUGCAGGUUAUGAGUUUGCUUUUAUUUUCUUUUUGUAAUUAUUAUAUGAUUUGCGAAAUGAAUAUAAAUAAAGUGAUGGUAUUCGAAGCAGUUUUCACAAGUUCUAGUUCAAGUGAGAGUGACGAUGAAGAGAUGAAACUAUUUCUUGAUGAAAGUAAACGUCGAAAAAUACCGAGAGUAAAAUAUUUUAUUGAAACAGUAAUAUAUGCAUAUAAUAAUAAACAAUUUAAACAACAUUUUCGAAUGAGUCGCAACACUUUUUAUUUUUUAUUAAAUCUUCUAAAACCAUAUUUGCAAACUGAGGAAAGUGGUCCUGUUAUUUCACCUGAAAAACAAUUAUAUAUUGCUUUGUAUGUAUUAGGAACGCCUGAUUCAUAUAGAUCUAUUGUAACCAAGUUUGAUGUAGGAAAUGCUACAGCUUGGCGAGCUGUAAAAAGAGUAGUAAAAGGUCUGUGUUAUUUUCGAAACUAUUUUAUUCAUUGGCCGACAUUUGAGGAAGCAGAAAUCACUAGUAGAUAUAUACAAAGAAAAUAUAAUUUCCCUGGCGUAAUUGGAAUGGUGGAUGGAACACACAUUACAAUUGCAGCUCCAAAAGAUAAUGCGCUUGCUUAUAUUAACCGGAAAGGACAUCACUCUUUACAGUUACAAGUUGUUUGCAAUGAAAAGAAAGAGUUUAUCCACUGCUACGCUGGAAUGCCAGGAUCAGUGCACGAUAUGAGAGUGUUUAAAUAUUCUGGAUUACAACAAAAAUGCAAUGACAAUUUUUUUUAUAAUAAACACCUCAUAGGCGAUUCAGCUUAUACUCUGCAAAAAUCUGUUAUGGUACCAUAUAAAGACAAUGGGCAUCUAACAGCUGACGAAACCAAUUAUAAUUAUGCUCUAUCUAGAAGCAGAAUGUUUGUGGAACAGUCUAUAGGUCUUUUAAAAGGUCGUUGGAGAUAUUUAUUAGACAAAUUACCGAUGCGAAGGACAGAUCUCAUCCCCUACUAUAUUAUUGCUUGCUGUAUUCUCCAUAAUAUUUGUCUCUUGCAAAGAGAUGAGAUUGAAUAUCCAAUUAUUCUUCCAAACGAGAUUCUUGAAGAUGCUGGACCUUUAACUGUUACUCCACAACAACAAGAAGGAAUUAUCAAAAGAGAGCAAAUAAAAAAUUCUCUUUUGUAAAUUUAAGUGACAAA